AUGAAGAAUUACUACGCCAUACUAGACAUCGCGAAGACAGCGACCCAGAAGGAGAUCAGGAGCGCGUACAUACGAAAGGCCAAGCUUUACCACCCCGAUGUGAACUCCACCCCUAACGCGGCUGCCCGGUUCAAGGAGGUCCAGGAGGCGUACAACACGCUGUACGACCGGGAGAAGAGGCAGGCGUACGACGCAUCUCACGCGUUCGGGAGCGCCUCGUCUGCCGCUGGCAGCAGGACCGCGUCGUACCCCGGGGCUGGCGGCCGGGGUUCGCGGUACCACCCUCACCACGACACAUCCAGCAGCUUCGAGGACCAGUUCCGCGCGGAGGCCGAGCAGCUGCGCCGCCAGUGGCAUGAGAUGGAAACCGACAAGCUACGGCGUGGAGCUGAAAAAUUCAAGACCACGUUCACCAGCGAUGGGUUUCCGGGGGGCGUCCGCUUCAUCCACUUCUUCUCCUUUACAUCGCCGUAUAAGCUGAGGUUCAUUUUUUACCUGCUGCGCAAAAUCGCACCGCUCAUCAUCCUUCCGCUGUCUUUCCUGUUUUUCUGCGCGAGCGAGGUCAUGUCCAACAUCGCUCGCAAGAACGCGAAAAUCCACAUUGUAUACGACUCCUACGGUCGUGCCUACACAUACGACGUCCACGGGCGCCGCUGCAGGCUGCCGGAAUUCGACCGGAGGCAGUGA